UUAUCUUCUGGCUACAGUUGCAGUACGACAGUUUGGAUGUGCAGCGUGACAGUGGUUCAUAAAAACUAUCGCAUGAUUAUGUUCGAUCUCUUUCUGAGGAGAAGCUCAGUAACGAAAGGUUCCAGUAUCUAGUAGCGAAGGGCCAUCACUCUUCUUUAAAUCCGGUCAGAUAUGAGCAAAGGAACAGUAAUCUUGGCCUACUCGGGUGGACUGGAUACGUCCUGUAUCCUGGUAUGGCUUCGAGAGCAAGGAUAUCAAGUUGUGGCCUACAUGGCCGAUUUGGGCCAAGAUGAAGACUUCGAGGCGGCGAAGAACAAGGCUAAGAAGCUUGGCACCGUUGAGGUGAUCGUGGAGGACCAAAGGCAGGAACUGGUGGAGGAGUUUGUGUGGCCCGCAAUUCAGGGAGGCCUAAUUUAUGAAGAUCGCUACUUGCUGGGCACUUCCAUUGCCAGACCUUGCAUCGUCAAAGGGCUAGUUAAGGCUGCCAGGAGAUAUAGAGCUCAGUAUGUCUGCCACGGUGCAACAGGAAAAGGUAACGACCAGGUGCGCUUCGAAUUGGGAUGUUAUGCCUUGGCUCCUGACCUUAAGGUAUUGUCUCCGUGGAAAGACCCCAAAUUCUACGAGAGAUUCCCAGGACGGAAGGAGCUCUUUGAUUACGCAAAACUUCAUGACAUCCCUCUCCCAGUCACACCCAAGUCUCCCUGGAGUAUUGAUGCUAAUAUAGUUCAUGUUAGCUACGAAUCAGGAGUACUGGAGAAUCCAGCCACAUUCCCACCAGAAGGAAUAUUCCAGAUGACAGUUGACCCUGAAAAAGCACCCGAUACCCCACAGAUGAUGACCAUCAACUUCAAGGAAGGGUAUCCUACCAGCGUCCUGCUGACUGGUGAUGCAACCAACGUGACCAGCCCCCUAGAGAUCUUCACCACCUGCAAUCGCGUUGGCUCGAAGCAUGGCGUUGGGAGAAUCGAUAUUGUGGAGAAUAGAUUCGUAGGACUCAAGUCCCGCGGCAUCUAUGAAGCACCUGGUCUGACCAUCUUGCACAAAGCGCAUCAAGAUCUUGAGCUGUUUUGUCUCGACCGAGAAGUAAGGAAACUGAAGUCUUAUCUGAGCGAGCGCAUGGCUGAACAAGUAUACAAUGGUUAUUGGUAUAGCCCAGAGUUUGAAUUCACCCAUAAGUGCAUUCAGGAAUCCCAGAAGAACGUGACAGGGUCUGUUACUUUGAAGAUCUACAAAGGCCAAGUGUACAUUCUUGGACGACAUGCUCCCGUGUCUCUGUACAAUGAAGAGCUCGUAUCAAUGGAUGUUCAGGGAGAAUACGAACCGAUGGAUGCCAGGGGAUUCAUCAACAUCAGCGCCCUCCGUCUCAAGGAACACCAGCGUGUGAAACAGACACUCCUGAAGCUUCAGAAUUAGUUAAAUAGAUUCUGAAAGAAAGACAAGAUGUCCUACGUGAUUAUUGGAAGGAACCACGUUGCACAAUGGCCAGGGACAUUUUUGAAUAUUUUCACAUAGAAACAUUCCUUACGAAAUAAGGUCUGGUUAUUUUCUGUUUCUUGUAUU